ACGAUUCAGUCGCGGCCGAUCCGCCACGCUGCGAGCUUUGUCGUCGUUAAAGUGCACGCACGCACGCACGCGCACGCACAUACACACACACACAUACACAUACACAUAAACACACACACACACACACAACACACACAUACACAUAUACCUAGACUGAUAGACAGUCGGACUGAACGCGCGUGCGUUUACGCGUUUUCGUCCUCGCGCGCGUACGUACGCAAGCACAUACAUACAUACAUACAUACAUACAUAGAUACAUACAUACAUACACACAAAUGUAUUAUUACGAUUAAAAAAGAAAAAAAGAAAAAGGAAAAAUUUGCUUCUCCUCUUUUUCGUCAUUUUUUUAAAGACCAUUCGAUGUAUUUAGUUGAUUUAUAAAAUGACGAACGUCGUGAAUAAUCUAAAUCAUCGUAGAAAGUGAUCUUUCCUUUUUGCAGCGUGUGCUUCUAUUCUUUCUUUCUUUCCUUUUUUUUUUUUUUUCUUUCCUUCUUUCUCUUUCCUUUUUUUUUUUCCCUCCUUGUACUCUUCUCUCAUGGUGUUGUUGACAGUGUGAAAAUUCGACGUUGAGAAGAGGAGAAGAGGGGUGGGGGUGGGGGGUGGGGAGAGAAGGAGAACGAAGAACAUUUUGUUUUUAUUAAGAACAAGGACAUUUUUAUUUUCAUUGUUGUUAUUCGUCGUCGUCGUCGUCCUUGUCCUUGUUCUCGUCCUUGUCCUUGUCCUCGUCCUUGUCUUCUUCUUCGUCGUCGUAAGUCAUUGUUGUUCUCUUGAAACUUUAACGUUCAUUCAAACGAUCAACGUUGAUCGAUUUAAGAUCGUGUCAAGGUAUAUCGUUAAAAGGAUCCUAAAGUAUCGCAGGAGGAUACGUGUACGUACGUACUCGAUUAAACAAUGAUUUAUUAUCGUCGUAAAUCGUAAAUUCGAAUUAUACGUAUAUUUCGCGAUUCGAUUAAUAAUUUUAAUAAUAAUAAUAAUAAUAAUAAACAAAAACAGCAAUAGGAAUAACAACAACAACAACAACAACAACAACAACACCAAUAAAAACAACAAUAACAACACCGAGACUUCGUAGUAAUAAAGAUCGAUAGAUCGAAACCAAUCGAGUGAGAUCGAUCGAUGUGCCGUGAAGAUAAACGAAACAAGGUGUUAUCAAUUUCGAUUUUUCUCUAUAAAAUCUAACCGCAAACCCUCCUCUUCUGUCUCAUCCCCGUUUAAAAUCUAUUUCUCUCUAACAUCCCCCACCUCCUGUCUCUCCUCUCAAUUCACCCCACAUCCAUUUCCCACCCUUCCACUUCACUCCACUACCCCAUUUCGUUUGGUCGAAUUUAUACGCGGGAAAAGUCUUUUUCUUUGCUUUACGUUUUCGAAUGUUACGAGUGAAUUAAUAAUCGAGAAAGAUCUUUAAUUAAACGUAAUCGUUAAUUUGAUUUGUUUAAGUGAAAUGUAUAAUAAAUAAGAGAAGGGAAGGGAAAGGAACAAAAAGAAUAGACGAAAAAGAACAACAAUAAUAACAACAACAAGGCAACAACAACGAAAGAAGAUGGAUGACGAUGAUCGAGGUGAUGUUAUUCGAGAGGACGAGAGUAUACGAAGAUGAAAAGAAAAGAAGAGGAAGAACGUUCGAUCGUCGAACGUCAUCGUCCCGAGUACCCAUCGUCGUCGUCGUCGUCGUCGUCGUCGUCGUUGCUGCCGACGUCGUCAUCGUCGUUGUUGUUGCUGCUGACGUCGUCAUCGUCAUCGUCAUCAUCGUCGCCGUCGCCGUUGUUGUUGGCGGCUAGUUAGCAAGCCGAGGAUGAUGCGCGCGUGUACCUCCGUGCUCCUCGGGAUUCCUGGGUCAGCGACGAUUAAUUAUCGACAAUCGCUUAAGGAGGAACGAUACGAUGAGGAUCGGUCUAAUGUUAAACUUCCUUGGGAUAUCCAUGACGUAAGAUCUUAGUUUAUAAUUUGGCUGCUCGAAAAGAAGAGCAGCUGUUCUAAAUAAGGAGAAAGAAAGAAAGGAAAGAAAGGAAGGAAGGAAGGAAGGAAGAGAAAGAAAUAAAUAUAGAAAGAGAAGAGACAGAAAAAGUGAGAGAUAUAUAGAGUGUUAAAUAGAUAAAUAAAUAUAUAUAUAUAUAUACAUAUAUAUAUAUAUAUAUGUAUAUAUAUAUAUAUGUAUAUAUAGGAGUUUUGAUGAUAGAAUGACGAUGCUAACGACAGCGUCUGAUAGUCCGGAGGCCUCGUUGAUCGGCGUGACGUCGGUCCUGGACUUAGCCUCAGGGAGUAAUCUCAGUUCAUCUAACAACAUAACAAAUGGGGAAGAGUCAAAGGAUCAGGAUCCAUGGCGCGACGUAUCAUUGACCAUAUUAAAGGGUUGUAUACUUGGUUGGAUCAUAGUUAUGGCGGUAUUUGGUAAUUUAUUAGUGAUGGUGUCUGUAAUACGUCAUAGAAAAUUACGGAUUAUAACGAAUUAUUUCGUUGUCUCGCUCGCGCUCGCGGACAUGUUAGUUGCCAUGUUCGCUAUGACAUUUAAUGCCAGCGUACAGAUAUACGGUCGAUGGCUUUUCAGUCAUUUCAUGUGCGACGUUUGGAACUCAUUGGACGUCUACUUCAGUACUAGCUCGAUUCUCCACUUGAUGUGCAUCUCGGUUGAUCGUUAUUAUGCGAUCGUGAAGCCUCUCAAGUAUCCCAUCAAGAUGACGAAGAGAGUGGUAGCUUGUAUGCUGCUAGCUUGCUGGUUAUCACCGGCCAUCAUAUCGUUCGUACCGAUAUUCAACGAUUGGUAUACCACCAGUGAACACAGCGCACACCGACAGACCCAUCCAGAAACGUGUUUGUUUCGCGUUAACACUGGUUACGCGAUUAUAUCGUCGUGCAUAUCAUUUUGGAUACCUUGUACGAUAAUGAUGCUUACAUAUUACUCGAUCUUUAAAGAGGCAAAUCGUCAAGAAAAACAAAUGCACAGUCGUUUAGGUAACGCCAUGUUAAUGGGCCAUAGAUCGAGUAAAGAUCUGAACAAUCUUAAUGGUGAAUUAAAUAGUGCCGGUUCAUCGAAAACAUUAACCCUCAACGAGAUAAAUACCGAUCAAUUGCAUACCCCUACAAAGGACAAGAACAUAAUGAAGAUGAAGAGGGAACAUAAGGCUGCUAGGACACUCGGAAUAAUAAUGGGCACCUUCAUACUCUGCUGGUUACCAUUCUUUCUAUGGUACGUCAUAACAGCACUGUGCAAGACGUGUCCCUGUCCCGAUAUCGUCAUUGCUAUAUUAUUUUGGAUAGGAUAUGCCAAUUCGGCGUUAAAUCCGCUGAUAUACGCAUACUUCAAUCGUGACUUUCGGGAAGCUUUCAAGAACACCCUACAGUGCGCCUUUUGUUCACUCUGCAAACGGCAGCCGUCCGAUCUCGAAGCAUUGAACUUCCGCCGGCCAUCCCUAAGGUACGAUGAUCGCACGAAGAGCAUAUACACGGAAACUUACAUCAUCAAGCACAACGACCGUCGGAGAUCGAGCGAAUUCGGCAGCAGCCUUUGAGAGACUACAUUUUAAUGUGACCUCGAGUCGUACGGUGUUUCUGUGUUCGUAAGAAAUAAAAUAUUCGUUGUGAUUAUUA